GAUGGAUGGUCAGCUCUCAUGAUCGCCUGUCAAGAAAAUCACGUGGCCAUUGUGGAAUUCUUGCUGCAGAGGGGGGCCCGGGUGGACCACCAAACCAAGACUGGCUGGUCUGCCCUCCACAAAUGUGCACUGGAUGGGCGGCUGCAUUUGUUGAAACGGCUCCUCGAGGCGGGGGCCACCGUUGACAUCGAACAGGAUGACAAACGGACCCCCCUGAUGUCAGCGGCGUCCAAUGGCAACGCCGACAUCGUCAAGCACCUGGCCAGCCAAGGCGCCGACGUGAACCACGCACAAGAGGACGGAUGGUCGGCAUUGAUGCUUGCAUGUCAGAAAGGAAGCCUGGAGACCGUCGACGUUUUGCUGGAAGCUGGGGCUAAAGUCGAUCAUCAGAGCAAGAGUGGCUGGUCGGCUCUCUUUAAGGCUGCCUGGGACGGUCGUCUGGAGAUCUGCAGGAGCGUCGUGCAGGCGGGAGCGCCAAUCGAUCUCAAGGAUGAGCUGCAAUGGACGCCGCUGCUGGGAGCGUCCCACAACGGACACAAGGAGGUGGUGCAAUUCCUAGUGGAAAAUGGGGCCGACAUGGAAGCCACAGAGAAGGAGGGCUGGUCUGCGCUGACGUUUGCCUGCCAAAGCGGCAGCUUCCCCACGACAGAGUACCUGUUGGGGGCUGGGGCGGAAGUCAACCAUCAAUCUCGGACGGGCUGGUCUCCCCUCCACAAAUCGGCAUGGGAUGGGAGCACGGAUUUGGUGCGACUACUAAUCGAUUCGGGGGCGAAAGUCGACAUUCAAGAAGAGGCUGGCUACACUCCGUUGCAUAAUGCCUGCGACAACGGCCACAUGGCUGUCGCCCAACUGCUGCUUCAGGAGAACGCUUCGGUUAAUCGCGGCUCCAAAAAAGGAGUGGUGGCUUUGCACAUUGCGGCCCAAAACGGUCAUUUGGAGGUGGUCGAUGUUCUGCUUCAACGUGGCGCGGCAGUAGAUGCUAGCUGCAAGAGGGAAGCUGCUGCACUGCACUUCGCUGCCCAAAAUGGCCACCUGGACGUCGUCAAUCUGCUUUUGGAGCACGGAGCGACGGUGGAUGCUGCUUGCCAGCCUGGUUUCACUCCGCUCCUCCUGGCGUGCUGGAGGGGUCAGCGCUCUUGCGUCGAGGCGCUCCUGCAAGCCGGGGCCAGCACCAAUCCGCCAAAGCAGAUGAAUGGUUUGUCCCCUUGCCAGCUCGCUGCGGAUCGAGGGCACCCUGCAGUGGUGGAAAUCAUGUUCAAACGCGGGGCCCUUCUCGAAGCCGCGGACGAGGCGGGCGAGACGGCUGUGCAGGCUGCCGCACACAAGGGCCACUUGGACGUUGCGACGGUCCUUGCUGAGCUGGGAUGCUCACUUUGCGUUCAGAACAAGGCUGGGGAUACUCCAUUGAUUUCUGCUGCCAGCGAAGGUCACAUGGACUUUGUCAAAUUCUUCCUAGAUAAAGGCGUCGAUGCAAGCCACAAGAACAAGAGUGGCCACACGGCGCUGUCUGCCGCACUGGAGUUCGGGCAUGAGGACGUGGUCGAGGCGUUAAAGCAGUGGGGAGUAGCCGCGCCAUGCGAAGGGGUCGAGAGCGGAACCCCUGCUGAGCCGACCGACGUCACCGCGGUCCCGAACGGCGCCUGGGAUGGCGCUUGGGAGCGCCUGCCCGACGAACAUCGCACCGAAUUACCGGACUCCAGCGACACAUCUGCCAAAUCGAGCACCAAGUCGACUGAAUCCGGCACCGAAUCGGUCCCCAUGUGGAACCGGUUCGUGUUCGAGGGCGAGAAGGUGAUCGGCUUUGGGCAUGACGCGGUGGGCGACUACGCUGUGGCGGGCACUCUCGACUUGGCCACCGCCACCUGCAAGUGGACCAAGGACUACAUAGGGCUGCCGGCAGACGCCACUGACAAGCACGAGCUCGACGGGAGGCUGGGAGUUGUUGCUGGAGGGUUCCGUGCGGGGUGCGUGUUUCUGGAGGGCGAGGGCAAGGUGAAGGGCGACAAGGCGGUGAAGUUCAGGCUGGUGUCCAGGCAGAAAAUGGCGGCGAACGGCUGA